UCGAAUCUUUAUUUGGUGAGGAGCGCUCGUCCCGUUAUUCGCUGUAUUUAUUAUUAUCAAUAAUUAUUUGAUCUGUUCGAAUAAGCGAAUUACAAAUUUUGGCAAAAUAGGCAAAGCCCCCGGUGGCGUUGCCUGCCAAUCUGUAGAAAUGUCAUAAACAUGGUGUGAAAGGAAAGAGCGAGUUUUCCAGUCGGUGGGCGAUUUUUUUCUCCAUCAUUAAUAAUCACCGGGAGGAAUUUCUCUGUUUUUUAUCAAACGCAAGUAUGUCUGGAAAACACUUCAACGUGCACGAAGUGGGAUGUUGCAUCAAGUACUUUAUAUUUGGAUUUAAUAUUAUAUUUUGGCUGCUCGGGGUGGCGUUCCUGUCUGUGGCUCUGUGGGCCUGGAGUGAGAAGGGAGUUCUCUCCAACAUAUCCUCCAUCACAGAUCUGGGCGGCUUUGACCCGGUGUGGCUGUUUCUUGUGGUCGGUGGAGUGAUGUUCGUCCUCGGCUUUGCAGGGUGCAUUGGUGCUCUGAGAGAAAACUCCUUUCUCCUUAAGUUUUUUUCCGUUUUUCUGGGAAUCAUUUUUUUCCUGGAGUUGACGGCGGGAGUCUUGGCAUUUGUCUUUAAGGACUGGAUUAAAGACCAGCUCAAGUUCUUCAUCAACAACAACAUCAGAGCAUACAGAGACGACAUUGACCUACAGAAUCUCAUCGAUUUCACACAAGAUUAUUGGGAGUGUUGCGGAGCUUUUGGACCUGAAGACUGGAAUCUGAACAUUUACUUUAAUUGUACUGACACUAAUCUGAGCAGGGAGAAGUGCGGGGUUCCCUUUUCCUGCUGCACCAAGGACCCUGCUGAGGAUGUGAUCAACACACAGUGUGGAUAUGACAUACGAGGGAAGGGUGACAUCGAACACAAGACGUUUAUACACACGAAAGGCUGUGUGCCGCAGUUCGAGAAAUGGCUACAGGAGAAUCUAACCGUAGUUGCCGGAAUCUUCAUAGGAAUUGCACUUCUGCAGAUUUUCGGGAUCUGUCUGGCACAGAAUCUACUGAGUGACAUUGAAGCGGUCAGGGAGAGCUGUUUGUUCACCUGAAGCCGUUCUACAGCCAGAGCCUCCAUCUCUCUGUCACUCAGCAACAGGGUUGGCACAUUGUCAUCACAGUAUCCUAGCAACCAGAGAGAUUCUAUUCACGUACACCGCCUUUAUUACAGCGUACGGCAACAUCUUCACGUUUCCAUGAUAAUGGUGUCCGCUGGUAGAUGUGUUUUUGAUCCUUGUUCACACAAACUAAAUCCAACCAGUGUUAGCAUACCGAGUCUACAUACAACUCAUAUCCGUUCUGAUAACAAAAAAAUGACCACUUGCAUUAUGUCUGUUCUUUAAGUGCCCCUAUUAUGCCAUCAUUAAAGGUUGCUAACUUCAAA